AUGCAACAGCAUGUAACACCACCUCCCGACACUGCCAAGGGCAAACGCAAGGCGAGCAAUGCAUCCGACACCUCAACCGAUGACUCGUCGGGAUGGUGUUUGAUCUGCCACUCUGACGUGGUGGAUCGGGCGGUGCUUCCGCGCUGUCUGCACUCGCAAUUCUGCUUCCUGUGCAUCACGCGCUGGUGUGCCAUCAAGCCGCGCUGUCCGCUCUGCCAAGCCGACAUUGGCGAAUACAUCAUCCACGCCAUUCGCGACGAUACCGACUACAUCCGCUACCACCUUCCUCCCUCUGUGCCCUCGGCCUCUACGUCGCAAGGGGUGGUACGCAGGCGGCACAUCGUGUCGCAGGUGCAGCGCGCUCGAGCGCAGCGGCAUACACACUCGGAGGCCGAGGUGCUCGAACGGCGUAAGCACAUCUACCGGCACGGACUGUACGCUCGACACGUCGGCAGCAACAGGCACACAUCGUAUCGGGCGCCACCCACGCCCGAGCAGAUCAAGCACGACGCAGCCACGGGUGGGGCGGUGGCGCGGAGGAUCGCCAGCUUUGUUCGACGCGAGCUGCACGUCUGGCCGCACGUGGAUGGCGAGUUCCUCACGCGAUAUCUGGCGUCGCUGUUGCAGGUGUUUGGCGUGUCGAGCGACGAGGCGGUGCAGCUGCUGGGCGAGUUCCUCGGCGAACGCACGGCACGCCAUCUGCUCCACGAACUCGAGUGCUUUCUGAGGAGCGGAAAGACGGAACUGGCCAACUACGAUGCGAGUCCCUGGUUGCAGUAUCCGCCACCCAAGAACAGCGCGCGCCGAGGCCGGGGUGAGGGUACGGAUGGUGCGGAGGCGGCGAGGGACGAGGUGGCACGGCGCAGACAGGUGCUGCUCGACAGGCUCGAGCGCGAGCGUGCGCUCCUAACACAGAACCAGCAGUCCCGGCCAGGUGCGGAAUAG